AUGGGCUUUUCAGAGAUCUUGGACAGUGUGGGCGGCAUGGGCCCUUUUCAGAUAAUUUACAUAAUCCUGCUUUGUAUCCCCAUGAUAAUGUUAAGUUCUCAUAGCCAUAUUCAGAACUUUAGCGCAGCUAUUCCAGAUCACUAUUGUAAGAUUUAUGUCAAUGAUACCCAACCCAUUAACUUUACAGAAGGCAUAUUUGACACCCAUCAGUGGAAAGUAUUCAUUCCAGAGGACAGUAAGGAGCAGCCAGAAAAGUGCCUUCAGUACUCUACACCGCAAUGGGAUUUCCUUAAUGAAAGCUUUGCAUCAACAAACAUUUCUGUGCAGGAAACAGUUCCAUGUAAGAAUGGAUGGGUCUAUGAUAAAAGCAUGUUCACGUCCACCAUAAUUUCGGAGUGGGACUUGGUAUGCAGCCGGCAGUUCCUGAAGCAAGUUGCUCAGACUAUCUAUAUGGCUGGGAUAUUAGUGGGAGCUCUUCUGUAUGGAUAUCUGUCAGACAGGUAUGGCCGAAGGAUUAUUAUCAUUGGAUCCUACCUUCAAAUGGCUAUUGCUGGCACAUGUGUCGCAUUUUCCCCUAAUUACAUUGCGUACUGCAUAUUUCGCUUUCUGGCAGGAAUGGCCUCAUCAGGGAUGUCCUUAAAUUGUCUCUCUCUCACUGUGGAAUGGACACCUACAAACCUCCGUACAUUUACAGGGACUAUCAAAUCCUACUGUUCCUCUGUAUCACAGUUAACCUUGGCAGGUUAUGCCUACUUGAUUCGAGACUGGCGCUGGCUGCAGUUUCUAGUGUCUGCUCCUUAUUUUAUCUUCUUCCUUUAUUCAUGGUGGCUUCCUGAAUCUGCUCGUUGGUUAAUUCUCAAUAAUAAAGCUACAGAAGCAGUGAAACAGCUGAAAAGGGUCGCAAAAUUCAAUGGGAAGAAAGAAAGUGGGGAAAACAUAACUCCUGAGAUGCUGAAUUCCAGCGUGAAGGACUUGGCAAAUGUCAAAUCAUCAUAUACACUAGUUGACCUUGUCUACACACCUAAGAUGAGAAAAAUUUCCUUAUACCUUUCAUUUGCAUGGUUUGCAACUAGUUUCUCAUAUUAUGGACUGGCUUUAGACCUACAGAAGUUUGGUAUCAGCAUUUACUUAGUUCAAGUGUUUUUUGCAGUCAUCGAUAUCCCUGCGAAGAUUAUCUGUAUGAUUGUUAUGAGUUUUGUUGGUCGACGCACUGCCCAGGCAUGUGCCCUUACUGCAGCUGGACUUACCAUAAUAACAAAUAUCUUUGUGCCUCAAGAAAUGAGGAUUUUACGCACAUCCUUGGCAGUGAUGGGAAAAGGUUUCCUAGCAUCAUCGUUCACUUGCUUAUAUCUCUACACAAGUGAGCUUUACCCGACUGUUAUCAGACAAACUGGAGCAGGAUUUGGAAGUACUAUGGCCCGUGUCGGUUCCAUGACAGCACCCAUGGUGAGACUUGCCAGCAGUUAUGCCUCAUUCCUUCCUUUGGCUAUAUAUGGAGGAGCUCCAAUAGUAUCAGGAAUCAUUGCCUGCUUUCUGCCAGAGACCCGCAAUACACAGCUACCAGAUACUAUAGAUGAAGUGGAGAACAGAAGAAAGAAACUGUUGCAA